AUGGCACUUAUAUAUCUUCUCCUCCUCCCAAUCUUCAUCACCAUCCUCGUCGUCAUCACCGUUUCACGAUUUCUCACCACCUCUGCAGCUUCCAAACACCGCUCACCGCCGCUGCCUCCAGGCCCUAAGCCAUGGCCCAUCAUCGGAAACCUCCCUCACCUCGGCAAGCAAGCUCACAUCUCCCUCCAACACUUCUCCCAGCUGUACGGCCCUCUCAUCUCCCUCCGCCUCGUCUCCCAGCUCCUCGUCGUCGCCUCUUCCCCCGCGGCAGCCGCCGAAAUCUUGAGAACCCAUGACCGCCUGCUCUCCGCUAGAUACGUCUCCACAGGCCUGCCAUACGACAUGAUGGAGCUCGACCUCAAGGCGAUCGUUUGA